AUACUCAGCCGGCCACUUCGAAUGUUCUCACUUACUGCAUCCUUCACCACACUUCACGUAUCGRUAACUAAUUGGAAUGUCUUGCCUUUGUAAUAGAGUCUUUAUAACUGGAGCCAACCGUGGCAUUGGCUUAGAGCUUGUCAAGGCAUUUCUUAACCUAUCACCAGCUCCAGAACAUGUUAUCGCUACAGCGCGAAGUCCCGAGUCUGCCUCAGACUUGAAGCAGCUGCAGUCGAACCAUAGCAACCUACACGUUCUACAACUAGAUGUCACUGAUUUCGAYUCCUUUCCUAAAGUCGUGGAACAAGUUKCAGAGAUUCUYGAUGGAAAAGGASUGAAUGUUUUGCUGAACAAYGCAGGAAUASUUGAGCGAUCUCCGAUUGGUGAGGUYACUGUAGAUUCCAUGGUCAACCUUUACAAAACAAAUACCGUGGCUCCUCUCAUGCUGGUGCAGGCAUUCCUACCACUGUUGAAGAAAGCAGCCGCAGAUACUGACGACAAAAGYAGUCUUAAAGCCUGGAUACUAAAUAUGUCUUCUUUUCUUGCUUCKGUGGAGGAUAAUGAUAUUGGUGGCUUGUACUCUUAUCGYGCAAGUAAAGCAGCAUUGAAUGUGAUCAACAAGUCGUUAAGCAUCGACCUGAAGCCUUUUGGAAUAAUGGCCRUUGUACUUCAUCCWGGSUGGGUACAGACAGAAAUGGGAGGUCCGGGAGCGCUUAUCUCCACGACAGAGAGYGUYACGGGAUUGAUGAAAGUUAUUACAUCACUUGAUGAAACCAAAACUGGAAUGUUCUUGGACUAUAGAGGAGAUAUUGUGCGUUGGUAGAAUGGAUGACUUGAAUAUCAACAACAGCACAAUUUCUUACUAGUAUUGAAGCAGGACUCAUAAAUGUACAUUUGAAAAAAAUAAKAAAAAAUAUUGUAAAAGGUAAUGAUAAAGGAAUUUUCUUUUAAAAUUAAAGCAAAAUGUAUUAUUUUGAUUUGCACUGCCAGUAUUUUGCUUGCYCUCUAGAAAUACAUCAAGACUGGAAAUAAUCUGAAUAAACUAGCUUUUAUACAA